GGUUUUGUGAACGUGUAUAAAUGACUUAAUGUCACAUCUUUCACUUUGAAAGGAAAACAUUUCAAAAUUUGUUGACCUAUUUUUAGCUAUAUAUUAUUCCCACGUUUUAGAUUAAGUUACGUUUACAUUUUUAGUUACAAAUACUUUGGAAGUACUUCUGUAUAAGCCAAGAUGGGCCGCAAAUCGCAAUCAAAGCAAAGUUCUAAGAAGAACUCAGGAAAGGAAAAUAACAAGUUUAUACAGCAAAGAAGAAAAGAACUGACUAUUCUUGUGGAUAAGGUGUUGAGAUUGACGAGUAUAUUCCAGGCUUCAAAUUAUGUGUUGAAAAGCUGGGAGCAUCAGUUAGAAAUCAAUGCUUUGAUAAAGGAAAUCACGAAUCUAGAAUGCCCACAGCAUAAGAGUGCCCAGCACAAUAGGCAGGCGAAUAUAGACAAAUAUAUCAAGUGGUUAAGUGAGAAUGGAGCUCAAUUUGAUGGUGUGGAGAUUUCUGAAUUUGAGGGCUAUGAACUUGGUCUGAAGGCAAAAAAAGAUUUUAAAGAAGGUUCCUUAAUUCUGACAAUUCCAUCAAAAGUAAUGUUAACAGAGAAGAGUGCUAAGGAAUCGGAGCUGGCAACAUUCAUUAGUGUUGACCCGCUGCUUCAGAACAUGCCAAAUAUAACUUUAGCCUUAUUCCUGUUGCUUGAAAAAAAUAAUCCAGAAUCAUUUUGGAAGCCGUAUAUUGAUAUACUGCCGGAGAAAUAUUCUACAAUAUUGUAUUUCACUUUGGAAGAGCUUGCUGAACUAAAGCCAUCACCAGUGUUUGAGUCCGCACUAAAACUGUACAGAAGUAUUGCAAGACAAUACGCCUACUUCUAUAACAAAAUCCACACCAUGGAUUUACCAGUUCUCAAGAAACUACAGGAUAUAUUCACUUUUGACAACUACAGAUGGGCAGUGUCCACGGUGAUGACGAGGCAAAACAAUAUUCAGCUGGCUGAUGCUGACGUCACAGCCUUCAUCCCACUCUGGGAUAUGUGUAACCAUGAACAUGGCAAGAUCACAACGGACUUCAACAAGGAGUUGGACCGCGGAGAGUGCUUCGCUCUCCGUGACUUCAAGCCCAACGAACAGAUCUUCAUAUUCUACGGCGCUCGUCCCAACGCCGACCUCUUCCUGCAUAAUGGGUUCGUUUACCCCCAGAACAAGCACGACAGUCUCUCCCUAUCCUUGGGCGUGAGUUCCAGCGACCCGCUGCGUGAGACCAAACUAUCUCUACUGACGAAGUUGGGGCUGGCCGGCGUCACCCAUUACAGCCUCUACCAAGGAGACUUGCCGAUUAGUGCCGAACUACUGGCGUUUAUAAGGAUAUUCAAUAUGAAUCAAGAGGAACUAACGAAAUGGUCAGAGCAAGGCUUGCCGUCUGACCUGGUGUCCUCCGAGGCGUCGAGUGCCGCGGCGGUAGGCGUCGACAUCGACCGGCGCGCCUACACCUACCUGCUGACGCGCUGCAAGCUGCUCGCCACGUCCUACAGGAGGAGCGAAGAGGGAGUAGAGGAAACACUUCACAGGAAAAAUAUAAAGCUACUCAAACAAUGCGAAGUACAAAUACUAGAGGGUGCCAUGAAGUAUCUAGAGGAAACUUUAAGUAAACUACCCGCCGCGGAUAAACCUAAAUAAAUCACGUCAAAUCUAUGAAAAUAUCUGUAGACUUGGACCGUGUAUGUAUAUAAAGAAAACGAAUUUUUCUAAAGCAUUUUUGCAUUUCCUGCAUUUGUUAACGGAAAAAAUUUCAUCAAUUGUAUACCCAAAGGAGUCCGCAUAAAAAAACAUGAUAUUUCGACCCUUCAAAGUUCCUAAUUUGAGAUAAGAACAGACUUCACAUUAUUAAUUUUUUUCAAAAGAAAAAGAUAUCUUACCUUUUAUACUAUGACCUCAGUCUACAGAUAUUUUCGUCCAAGUAACAAAUAAGAAUAAGUGAUCAAAUACAAACAAAUCAUGACAGUAUUUACAUCAUAACAAUUUAUUUUACCCGAUUUACUUAAAUAUUAUUACGAUGCAACGAAUUUCAAUCACUGGGAUUUUUUGUUAUAUUUUUGUGUGUUUAUUAUUAUUGUUUUUUAGUUGUAAUGUACUUACGUUUUGUGUGCAAUUAUUAUUUAAUAUACUUUAGUGCUUUAUGGUA